AUGACCUCCAAGUUCGGAAUAGCUGAUAUCUUAUCACCGGAAGACAAAGCUUCGACUUCAGUAUUGAAAAGAAAAGUUUCAAAUGGACCGAUUUGUCAAACAAUGUCAUUCUUUGAUGUAAUUUAUCCUCACUUGUCAAAUUCGCAACGAUAUGACAGCUUUGAUAGUAAACGUGAUGGUGAAAAUGACAUUAGUAAGUUAAAUGGCAAGAAAGUUCUUUACAUAACAAAAAACGCAACCUAUCGUAUAACUUGUCUCCCGCAGGCUGCGAAAACCUUGUUUUUGUUUAUAGAGCCGUAAAAAGACAAUAAAUUUCUUUACAAGAAGAAAAAGAACAAAUACUUUCUUUACAAAAAAAGACAAGUGCUUUCUUUACAACACUAAAAAUACGAUCCAUCGUAUAAUUUGAUUUUCAGUGGUAUACUGUAACCUUUUAAAAAUGUUUUGGAAUUUUUUAAUAACAAAAAUAAUUUAUGACACUUAUCUUCAAUUUGUAAACCAUUUCCAGACAGUUUAUGCAAUGUCAUCUUCAAACAGAUGAACAAAAACAAGCGGACCCGCACUUCCUUCACCCAAUACCAAUUGGAUGCGCUGGAGGAGGCCUUCAAAUCUAGUCAUUAUGUCUCGAGUGUGGAGCGAAAAGCCAUUGCAAACAAGUUGCGGCUUAACGAAACACAGGUACGGUAAUCGGUCAUGGGUAAUAUGUGUUUUGUCAUCAGAUUACACCGGCUUUUGGGAGACUUUUUCACAAAAAAAAUGCUUUUUGAGUUGUUUUUGAGUGUAAAUACAUUAAAAUUGAUGUCAACAUGAUGCUAAAGUAAACAAUAUGUCUUUUGCCAAGAACUGUAAAUUGUUUUCUGCAUAUAUCAAUUAAUUAAAGUGAGAAAAAACAGCCUAAAACCCGCAAAUCGGCACUUUUUAUGUUUUACAUUGUCUUUUCUGGCAGCUUUUGAUAUCAAAACACAUAAAAAUCAACGCCAGAACAAAAUUUACAUUAUUUUCCCAUAUUUUAAAAUAAUUUUCACACUGUAUUCGCAAGUUACAAUACCAAAAACAACCCUAAAACCGCAAAAAAGCAUUUGCAUUGGCCGGGAAUCGAACCCGGGUCGCCCGCGUGGCAGGCGAGCAUUCUACCACUGAACCACCAAUGCGCGCUUCUCCGGCUCUUUCAUAUCUGAUUGGUUUCUUUUUUAGGUGAAAGUGUGGUUUCAAAACCGGCGAACAAAACAAAAAAAGGUGGAUCCGAACGAAAUCAAAGAGUUUUCAAACGGAAAGGAUGAAUAA